GACAUACUGAAUUGAGCUAAUUGGUCGGGCUCUCUCUUCAAUUUAUCUCGAUCUGCUGAGGUGGUUACUUGGUUCGUCACACAACGCUUCUCUCCUUGUUGCGUGACGUGGUAACGGCAGCAGCCACGUUGGCACGUUCCUUGGCGAUUUAAUUUCUUUGGCGAUUUUCCCAAGGUUUUCCCCCAUUCCAACAGAAAAGUUACCCUCCCUUGCCAACGUGGCAGAAAUGACCCAAUUAAAACGUUAGAAACUACCCACGUGACCAUUACUAUCCAAUUAGAUCACCACCCCUCGUCGCUAUGGAUGUCACCCCUUCCGUCCCUAUUUAGACAGCUGUCCCGGGAAGAUUUGUUUUGUCGAGAGUUUCUGUGUUAGAGAAGAAUUGUUUGCACAAUUGCCGGAGCACGAUGGCAAGAUUAUUCCUCACGGUCUGCGUCUGUGUAUGCAUGUUGUCCAUCGAUGCGAGACCUCCAGAAGCGAAGGGCCAGAAGAAAGAUCGAGUAUACGACAAGGAUCUGUCUGAGGAAGAACAUUUCAAAGGAGAAGAACAAGACCACAACGCCGAAUACGAUCAUGAAGCUUUUCUUGGUAAAGAGAAGAAGAAAUUUGACGAGUUGACGCCAGAAGAAUCGAAAGAGAGACUGGGAAAAAUUGUGGAUAGGAUCGACAAGGACAAUAAUGGCAAGGUCACACAGAAAGAACUGGAAGACUGGAUUAAAUUUACAGCCAAACGGUAUGUCUAUGAAGAUGUGGACAGACAGUGGGAUCAACUGAAAAAGCUAGAAAAUGCACACAUGACACUUGAGGAACGGUACGUGGACAAAAAGAAGGCAGAUCCUAAUGAAGCAAUUGGCUGGGAGUUGUACAAGAAUUUGACAUAUGGAUAUAUCACUGAAGAGGACGAGUUUGAUUACAAAGAAAUGUUGACACGGGACAGACGACGCUGGAAAAUGGCUGAUGUGGACAAAGAUAAUAAAGUUACAAAAGAGGAAUACACAGCAUUCCUUCAUCCAGAAGAAUACGAUCAUAUGAAAGAUGUUGUAGUGGAUGAGACCUUAGAAGAUAUUGACAAAGAUGGUGAUGGAUUUGUCUCUAUGGAGGAAUACUUAGGAGAUCUGUAUCCAGAGAAUGAAAAAGAUAAGGACACAGAAGAACCUGAUUGGGUCAAGACAGAAAGAGAACAUUUUACUGAGUUUCGUGACAAAAACAAAGAUGGAAAAAUGGAUAGGGAUGAAGUCAAGGACUGGAUAAUUCCUCCUGAUUAUGAUCAUGUUGAAGCAGAGGCUAAACAUCUUGUUCGUGAAGCAGAUACAGAUGGGGAUUCUGAACUUACCAAGGAGGAGAUUAUUGCAAAGCAUGAUGUCUUUGUUGGUAGCCAAGCAACCGAUUUUGGAGAGGCACUGACAAGACAUGACGAGUUUUAAAGAAAAUCAUUGCAAUUUAAGUUAUAUAUACAUUGUAUAUUUACUAGGUUUAUAAAAUAAUUUUCAAAGAUAUAUUUUUACAUAAGAAUCUAGCAGAGGCCACUACAUGUUUGUUUUCAAAAAAAAAUAAUUGUCAAUAUACUGGGAAAAAGGGCAGAAUAUACUUCAAUGGGUAAUUGCAUACAAACUUCUAGGAACUACGUGUACUUUAACCAAUAUAGUUUUUGGCAUUUAUGCUGCAUGCAAACUAAUGUGCAGACAAGAUGCAAUUUUACAAUGGCUUGAGACAAAGACAAAGUACUUUUUCAAUCAAUUUGUUACCUGUUGUCUGUCACUUGUCUUCUUUGUGCUUAUGGGUAUGUGUCAUGUAAAGUUCAGUUUGAACGUACAGGUAAUUUUGUGCAGUAUUCUGAAAUGUUCAAAAAUCGAGAGAUUUGAAUUUGUUGAAUGAAUAUUUGAUUGCUAAUUUUAAAAUUAGAGUUCCUACAAAAGAAACAUACAAAAGAGCAAAAAGAAUGGGACAUGUUCUAAUCAAUUAUUUUGUACAUUUAUAAAAAAACUUUGAAUUUAUCCUAGAUAGAGCUGAGAGUUUUUCACUGAAAGGAAGGUAGUAGCCCCACAAAGUUUUAAGUUUUCAUAUUUUGUUAAUCUUUAUGUCGUUAACUUUUACUGAUACUGACAAGCUUUUGCAUAUUGUAAGUUGAUUUUGAUAUGAAUCAAGGAAACCUUGUUAAUGAGGUUAUCAUACAAAAACUUAACAGCUUAACUGAAGGUUUUGCAUUCCUAAAAGAGAGAUUUUACUAAUAAAUCAGAUCCAUGAAACCAAUCUAAGGUGUUGAAAUUUAUUUAGGUGUUAUAUUUUUAAGAAAAUGCAUGGUUGUAAUAGAGUCAGUCUUACAUUUUAAACUGUAAGCUCUCUGGCUCUUGAGAAGAACUGAAAAAUUAAAGUGGAGUGCUUUCUGUCUUGAGACUAGAA